AUGGCUGAUGUCCGGUCUUUACUUCGAAGCGAACUCGCGUCUCGAUCGUCUGCGCAGAGUGGAAGUUCUGGAACGCGAGUGACAAAGAAGAGAAAGAUCGAGGCCAGCGAUGAUGUGACGCGCAAAAAGUCGCGACCUACAACUCCUGGGCUUGAUCAGACUCCCGAAGCUGCUGAUAACGCGAAUAUACCGGGACCAGACCAAAACAUCGAAGUUACGACGGCGCACGACAGCCUUUCAGAAGAUGAGGAAGCCGGUCCUACGCUCGAAAACGAAUUCGAUGACCAAGACAAAGAAAUUGACUCGUCUUCUACAAAACCUCAACAACAAAUAAACGAGGAUGAGUGGGCGGCCUUUGAACGCGAGGUCGUUGCACCUACACAUAGAGCGCCACUUCCUGCUGCCGCGGUGGCGGCUGCGACUAUAUCUGCAGCGCCAGUCACUGCUGACGAGCUCGCCGCCGAACAACAAAAACGAAAAGAAGAUCAAAGCCUAGAAAAUGAGGAUGCAGAGGGCGAAAGGGAAGAUGCUGCCCGACAUUUAGAAGAAGAAUUCGAGGAAAUGGAGCAGUUGGAAGAGCGAGUAAAACGGCUCAAGGCCAAGCGCGAAGAGUUGAGGCAACAUGUACCCGGAGAAGAUGGUCUUGCCAAUGCCACUGUCGAAGCCCAGAAUACCACCCAGCAGGAAGGAUACGAAAGUGAAGAAGAGGAUGAAGCUGAUGCUGACGGUGACGCCGAUUGGGAUGACUGGAGGUUUCGGUGA